GCCUGCUCGCCUACCUGCGUCUCUACAUUAGUCUCUUAUCCCAUGCUGAAACACCACAGCGUUUAACUAGAACCGCUGUCGUUGACCAGCGUCUAACCCUGUGCCCCUGACCAGCCGCGUCGACGCGGUUUUUACUACCGAAGAUGGCGUCAGCGAGCACAGCAGGGGCUAUAUCGGCUCCUCCACUAAGCUCGCUUCAUUCUACCCCGCUCUCUCACUCGCUGGGCCGCUCCGCCUUGCACUUUGCGCCGCUCGGCCAGUCUCACUGUGCGCGCACGCACCGGCGGAGCCGACGGACUGCGCCUUCCGCGGCGCACCAUUCGCACAAUCGCGCGUCGCGUAUCGACGAGAGCGCGCAAAAGUGGGGAGGCGUUCUCCGCCUCGAAGACGGGAAGACAGGCGGCGCGGGGGAAUACUCCGCGUGGUCCCCCGUGAAAGUCCCCCCCCGCGCAGUCCCGCGCCCGCCCCGCGCGCAGCCGACGAAGGCGCAAAGGCAGCGCUCCGCCAAGGCGCGUGCGAGUAGCGGAAGCGCCGCCGUGCUGCGCGGAGAGCCCACCGCGAUCGCCGUCGCCGUGCCUGUUCCGGAUGGGCUAUCAAUCGGUCUCGGUGACUCCAUCCGCGAGCCCACCGCCGGAGCUCCGCGUUCCGCGGCGAUCGGCGCAAAGAGCAUGGCGCAAGCGCUGGAAAUCUCCCCCGUGACCGCCGGCGCGAUGGUCGCAGCGAUCGGCGCGUCCGCCCUAGCCGCGCCGUUCUUCUUGGGGUUUCUCUCCCCCGACGCGCCGCUGCAGACGAACGUGCUAGCGUAUAUGACGGCGAUGAUCGGAUUCUACAUGGCGUGGAACAUCGGCGCGAAUGACGUGUCGAACGCCAUGGGCACGUCGGUCGGGUCCGGCGCGCUGUCGAUGCGCACCGCGGUGCUCGUUGCGGGGGUUCUGGAGUUCGGCGGCGCGAUGCUCGUCGGGUCGCACGUGAGCGACACGAUGCAGACGGGGAUCAUCGACCCGGGGGUGUUCGUGAACGACCAGCCGCUGCUGUUUACGGGGAUGGUUUCGUCGCUCGCUGCUGCCGGCACGUGGCUACAGAUCGCGACGCAUUUCGGCUGGCCCGUGUCGACCACGCACUGCAUCGUCGGCGCGAUGGUGGGGUUCGGUUUCAUCUACGGCGGCGCCGACGCGGUUUGCUGGUCGUCCCUUUCCCACGUGGCUUCGUCUUGGGUGCUCUCGCCUGUUCUCGGUGCCACUGUAGCGUACAGUAUCUACACCGCAAUUCAGAAAUUUGUUUACGAAGCUGAUUCGCCUGCCCACGCCGCGUCCAGCGCCGCUCCGUACCUCGUCGGUUUGGGCGUGUCCGCGUUUUCGUUGUCCUCGUUAUACACUGGAGACGCCGCGUUUCUGCCAGCGGCGUUGGAAUCUCUCGCGGCGGGUACAGUGGCCGCGGGUGUCGCUUCCCUCUUUAUGGAGAGACAGGUUGGGAGCCAAUUAAAGCAUCUAAGCGAUUCUCUUAGCUCGCUGAACAAAAGGCAAACCUCUAGACCAGCAGUAGCAGCAGCAGCAGGAAGCGGGGCGGAGCCAAAGGGGGAGCAACUAAGGACAGUGUACUCCAUUUUCGGGUAUCUCCAGGUGCUAUCUGCCUGUUUCAUGUCUUUCGCCCAUGGCUCUAACGACGUCGCCAACGCCAUCGGCCCCAUCGCCGCUGCUCUCUCGAUCCUCUCUACUUCCGCCGCUGCCGCUACAGCCCCUGAUGCGAUUGGUUCAGCUGCGGAUGCUGCUGCUGUCGCUGGUGCUGCUGCUGCUGCUGCUGCGCCUACUACGCACAUUCUUAUGUGGGGUGGGUUUGGGAUCGUGGCAGGGUUACUCGUGUGUGGUUACCAGGUGAUUUCGACAAUCGGCGGGAAAAUCACCGAAAUCACCCCGACUCGCGGAUUCGCAGCGGAAUUCGCAGCAGCGUCGGUGGUGGUUCUGGCGUCGCGACUAGGGUUACCAGUUUCGGCAACGCAUACGCUGGUGGGGGCGGUGAUGGGGGUGGGUUUGGCGCAGGGGGGGAGCGGGGGAGUUCGGGGGGAGGUCCUGGCGGAAAUUGCUGCCUCGUGGGCGAUCACAAUUCCCGCUGGCGCGGCUCUGGCUGUGCUCUACUCUGCUGGCCUUUCCCAGAUAGUGCCGGCGUUCUUCUAAGCGUUGAGAGUGUAACAAACCGCCUGUAGGUGUGCCUCAACAAUGCGCAUGAGCCAUCACCAUUCCGGCUGGUGCUCCUCUUGCAGUGCUGUACUCAGCGGCGCUUUCCCAGAUUCUAUCGUGCUGUGCUGGCAUCCUGUAGAUAAUCCACCUCAGCCAUCAGUGGUCUGCUGUAUGCUCCCAUCAGCCAUCCCAUCUGUUCGCCCCUGUUCUGCUGUUGCUGGUCCUUCUGCUGCUGGUACCUUCGAAGAUGCUGGGUUCUGCUGCUGGGUGCUUCUGCUGAGUGCUGCUGCUGCUGCCUAAUGAUGCCAGGUGUCCAUGGGCUGCUGAGACUAGUAACGUAGUGUGUGUGUUAUGCUUGUGGAGAUGGUCAUUGAUCAAUGGCCUUACCUCUCUUGAAUUGGGCAGUUUUCCAUGGGGUUAUGAGGUUGACUAGACCCUAUAUGUGUGUGCCCAGUUU